AUGGACUUCCCUUUUGGGUGUGUUUGGAAGCUCCUUGUUCUUGCUUUGGAACUGUCUAAUUCUAAUCUUUUUUUGCUUUUCUUGUUCAAAAACUUUGAGUUUGCUCAUAAAGAUUGUAUACAGGAAUGGUGUAACCAGAAAGGGAAUACAACCUGUGAAAUAUGUCUUCAUUUUUCAUCUGCUACCGCUGUUGUAUGGGUGUUUGUCCUGUCUAAAGUUACAACCAAAUACACCAAUCUCUAUUCUAAUAAGAAAAUGACAAGGUCAGCUUUGUACUUCAUUUCAUGCUACUUCACAAGGAAAUGCUCCCAACCUACACACGAAGGAUCUUGGAAGCAUGAAGCAUAUUUGUUGUUUCCAGUUCAUUUGGAUGCAACAUUGUUGGACAAUGCUAACACUAUGAAAGCUAAAACUGAGUUCUUCUCAACCACUGAUGUUCUUCAUAUAUUUCGACAGCUUAGUGCAGGACUCGAGCACAUGCACAAUUUAGAUCCACCAUAUGCUCAUAAUGAUGUCAAGCCUGGUAAUGUCCUCAUAACUCAUGGGAAAGGACAACCACCACUAGCCAUAUUGAUGGAUUUUGGCAGUGCUCGGCCUGCAAGGAGGCAGAUUCAAUCUCGUUCUGAGGCAGUACAAUUGCAGGUGUUUUUUUUGUUCCCCCAGUCGAACACACACACACAUGCAAUGCAUCAGUUAGCCUACUAUGAAUGACAUUCAUCCAAUGCUUUGGUAUUUGUAUGAGGUCUGAAUUUAUUUUUUCA